AUGUGCGAAGAUUGCAGCGAGUGCGGCUUGCAGGAGAUAGUUGCUACAGAAGUUGCCUGCCGGCAUUUGGAGGAGGCAGUGGCAGAGCUUCAUGCGCGACUUCAUGACCAGAGCCAGGAGGAGGCUCUGAAGCUCCUGCAGCAGCACGUGGCAGCUGCGCGGGCGGAGCGCGAGCAGGCGGCUGCAGAGUUCCCACCGGCACAGCGGGCGCGCUGUCGAGCUCAGGCACUUCUGCAGCAGAACAGCAAGGAGCUUGAUCAGAUUCAGGCAAGCAUCGCGCAGGAGGAGAAGGACACGCUGGGUAUUCGCCGAAGCUUGGAGAAGUUGCACGAUCAGAUCCAAGCAAAGCAGAGAGAGAUUGAGAAGCGCCGGGAGGGCAUGGACUUGUUCCGGAAGGAGGAGGUUCUGCUCCUGCAAGAGAUGGAGUCAUGUCGACAGAGGACGGAUGCCGAGCAUGCGGAACAGGAGACGGUGGCGCAGCAAGUGGCCGAUGAGCGCACCAAGCGCAUGGAGCUGAAGGGUGCGUGCCGGCACAAGAUCAGCCAAGUGGACUCUCGGCCAGGUUUCUCUUGUUCCUUAAGGGGGUUUAGGGUUUAG